AUUUUAAAAUAAAAAAUGAGCAGAAAGUAAACUCGUCCUCUCUUGGUGUAGAAACCCAAAAAUGAUGAUUUCCCUUUUGACAUCAAAGAUGUUAAUAUUCACGAGAUUAAACAAAUAGAUUAUUUUAGAAUGUACAAUUCCUUAAAAAUGGUAUUGGAAAAGCUAAUUGAAGAACAAGUAAUCAUAUUUAUGUAUCUAAGCCCCUGUAAAAGAAAUUACAAGCAAAUAUCGAUAUUGCUUUUAAAGUCUUUUUGCAAAAGGAUCAAGCAUCAUGUUAAUAGCAAAAAGCCGGAAAAAGAAAUUAGUCAUAGACUUUUCAAAAAUAAGACGUGUUAUUGGUAGUGGAUAGUUUGUCCCAGAUGGGAUUUUCGGAAAAAUAAAUAAAUGAGAGGUUGUAAUUGAAUUCAGGGUCAUCCCUGAAUGGAAUACAUUAGCAUUCGGAAAUUCAAGAGGGAGAUUAAUAAUCAGGGAAAAAGUAAAAUAAAGAGAAGUUAAAAUAAGGAUAAGUGAUUGAUAAACAACAGCUGCAACUUGAGCAAUAAUUCAAUUUUUAUGAUGAGUCUGAUCAAAAUUGAA